AUGUUGUCGCGUAAUUCUGGAAUGACAACUUUGCAAAUACACGAGCAGAUUACCGCCGCCAUUCUAGGAUCGUUAGAAAGUGAGGAGAUGCGGGGAGUAAUCAUGAGUACCGAACGCUUCGAUUUCAUGUAUGAGCGCGAAGGAUGCGAUCGUAUUUCCGGCAAUAUAGUGGAAUGUGCAUCACUUAACCAAUGUUUCUUGGGUGGAGUAUUUUCAGGCGGACGUGAGGUGCUGUUGUGUACUAUAUGUCAUAAUGACUUGAGUGUGCAAGUAGACAGUCCGGGUGACGUUGGCCUCGGGAUCGGUUUGUUCUCGUACGCUGUAGCUCCUAUCAUUGAUAGACUCCGCAAUGGAGCCCUGGCGUGCUUCCAGCUGGAGGCAUUACGAAGAGGGUAA